AUCUUGAAAGAUAUCUAUGUAUGAAUGUAUGCACGAAUGUAUAAAGAUUUUAGAAGAUGGAAAGACAAGUCAGUAAGAAAAGAGAAAAGACAUUUUUUCCUGGCCACGAGAAAUUUGUUAGUAGUCAAGUGUGGCCAGGGGAGAGUUGUCCACGCUAGGUCUGGUCGUCAGCAGGUUUGGCCAGGAUAGGGUUGCCAGGGUAGGUUUGGUCGUCAUCAGGAUUGUCCAGGAUAGGUUUAGUCAUCAUCAGGUGUGGCCAGGGGAGAUCUGGCCUAAAAUCAGUCAUCAGGUGUGGCCAGGGGAGAUCUGGCCUACGUUUUGUCAUCAUCAGGUAUGGCCAGGGGAGAACUGGCCUACGUUCUGUCAUCAUCAGGUGUGGCCAGGGGAGAACUGGCCUAAAAUUAGUCAUCAGGUGUGGCCAGGGGAGAACUGGCCUACGUUUUGUCAUCAUGUGUGGCCAGGGGAGAUCUGGCCUAAAAUUAGUCAUCAGGUAUGGCCAGGGGAGAACUGGCCUACGUUUUGUCAUCAUCAGGUGUGGCCAGGGGAAAAUUGGCCUACGUUCUGUCAUCAUCAGGUGUGGCCAGGGGAGAACUGGCCUACGUUUUGUCAUCAUCAGAUAUGGCCAGGGGAGAACUGGCCUAAAAUUAAUCAUCAGGUGUGGCCAGGAGAGAACUGGCCUACGUUUUGUCAUCAUCAGAUAUGGCCAGGGGAGAACUGGCCUACGUUUUGUCAUCAUCAGGUAUGGCCAGGGAAGAACUGGCCUAAAAUUAAUCAUCAGGUGUGGCCAGGGGAGAACUGGCCUACGUUUUGUCAUCAUCAGGUGUGGCCAGGGGAGAACUGGCCUACGUUUUGUCAUCAACAGGUAUGGCCAGGGGAGAACUGGCCUACGUUUUGUCAUCAUCAGGUAUGGCCAGGGGAGAACUGGCCUAAAAUUAGUCAUCAGGUAUGGCCAGGGGAGAACUGGCCUACGUUUUGUCAUCAUCAGGUGUGGCCAGGGGAGAACUGGCCUACGUUUUGUCAUCAUCAGGUAUGGCCAGGGGAGAACUGGCCUAAAAUUAGUCAUCAGGUAUGGCCAGGGGAGAACUGGCCUACGUUUUGUCAUCAUCAGGUGUGGCCAGGGGAGAACUGGCCUAUGUUCUGUCAUCAUCAGGUAUGGCCAGGGGAGAACUGGCCUACGUUUUGUCAUCAUCAGGUGUGGCCAGGGGAGAACUGGCCUACGUUUUGUCAUCAUCAGGUGUGGCCAGGGGAGAACUGGCCUACGUUUUGUCAUCAUCAGGUGUGGCCAGGGGAGAACUGGCCUACGUUUUGUCAUCAUCAGGUGUGGCCAGGGGAGAACUGGCCUACGUUUUGUCAUCAUCAGGUAUGGCCAGGGGAGAACUGGCCUAAAAUUAGUCAUCAGGUAUGGCCAGGGGAGAACUGGCCUACGUUUUGUCAUCAUCAGGUGUGGCCAGGGGAGAACUGGCCUAUGUUCUGUCAUCAUCAGGUAUGGCCAGGGGAGAACUGGCCUACGUUUUGUCAUCAUCAGGUGUGGCCAGGGGAGAACUGGCCUACGUUUUGUCAUCAUCAGGUGUGGCCAGGGGAGAACUGGCCUACGUUUUGUCAUCAUCAGGUGUGGCCAGGGGAGAACUGGCCUACGUUUUGUCAUCAUCAGGUAUGGCCAGGGGAGAACUGGCCUAAAAUUAAUCAUCAGGUAUGGCCAGGGGAGAACUGGCCUACGUUUUGUCAUCAUCAAGUGUGGCCAGGGGAGAACUGGCCUACGUUCUGUCAUCAUCAGAUAUGGCCAGGGGAGAACUGGCCUACGUUUUGUCAUCAUCAGGUGUGGCCAGGGGAGAACUGGCCUAAAAUUAAUCAUCAGGUAUGGCCAGGGGAGAACUGGCCUACGUUUUGUCAUCAUCAGGUAUGGCCAGGGGAGAACUGGCCUAAAAUUAGUCAUCAUCAGGUGUGGCCAGGGGUGAUUUGGCCUAAAAUCAGUCAUCAUCAGGUGUGGCCAGGGGAGAACUGGCCUAAAAUUAGUCAUCAUCAGGUGUGGCCAGGGGAGAACUGGCCUACGUUUUGUCAUCAUCAGGUGUGGCCAGGGGAGAACUGGCCUAAAAUUAGUCAUCAUCAGGUGUUGCCAGGGGAGAACUGGCCUACGUUUUGUCAUCAUCAGGUGUGGCCAGGGGAGAACUGGCCUAAAAUUAGUCAUCAUCAGGUGUGGCCAGGGGUGAUUUGGCCUACGUUUUGUCAUCAUCAGGUGUGGCCAGGGGAGAUCUGGCCUAAAAUUAGUCAUCACCAGGUGUGGCCAGGGGUGAUCUGGCCAGGACGGGUGAGGUGAUGGGGCAGCAGUCUCAGUCAGCGGGGCCUGGUUCCCUC